UUUACCAAGCACAAACCAAUCAAAAUGAUAAGCCUGAAAAAUUUAUACUAAAGCGUAUUCGACCAAGAUUUUUUGCACUGUACACUGUUUUUGUUUUCUUCAGAAUCGAUCCUUUGCAUGGAUCCUCGAGAAGGAAAAGAAAAUGUGUAAAUAAUCAGAGUAAAUCCUUGUAACGAAAUUCUGUGUUAAAAACGCAAGACAAGAUCAGAAAGCUUGGCAGAUAUUUUUGGCGCUUACUUAAUGGCUGAGAAGGACAAGGAGAAGGUGGUCAAGGGGACGGAAGGAGACAAGUAUUCCAAUGAUGGAGAGAUAGCCACAUGGCGUCGGACCCGCUGCUUCGUCCUGAUGAUGCUCUUCCUGGGAAUGGCCAAUGCCUACGUGAUGCGAACAAACAUGUCGGUGGCGAUCGUGGCCAUGGUGCAGAGCAAGGGCAAUGAGGGCAAGGGCGAGUUUGACUGGAGCUACAAGCUGCAGGGCUACAUCCUGUCCAGCUUCUUUUACGGCUACGUAAUAACCCAGAUCCCGUUCGGCUUCCUCAUCAAGUACUACGGGGCCAAGCACUUUCUCGGCUGGGGCAUGCUGAUCAAUUCGCUGUCCGCCUUUCUGGUGCCCAUUUCCGCCCGGGCCGGCGGCUAUAUCGGCCUCUGUGUUGUCCGGUUCAUCCAGGGCCUGGGCGAGGGUCCCAUUGUGCCCUGCUCCCACUCCCUGCUGGCUCAGUGGAUACCACCCGCGGAGCGCUCUCGGGCGGGUGCCAUUGUCUAUGCCGGUGCCCAGUUCGGUACGAUCAUCUCUAUGCCGUUGAGCGGCUUGCUGGCGGAGCACGGCUUCGAUGGCGGCUGGCCAUCGAUCUUCUAUGUCUUUGGGGCCGUCAGCACCGUUUGGUGCAUUAUCUUUCUGUGUUUAGUGGACGAGAAUCCGGAUAUGAGCUCCAGGAUAUCGCCUGCUGAGCGGCGGCACAUCACGGAGACAAUUUGGAAGGCACAGCCGGAGGAUUCGGGACCGAUGCCACUUCUGAAGAUCUUCCGAGCGAUGCCCUUCUAUGCGAUCCUGGUGGCCCAUGUCGGACAGAACUAUGGCUACGAGACGCUAAUGACUAUGCUGCCGACAUACAUGGACAGUGUCCUCAAGGUCAACAUCCGGGCGAAUGGCUUUGUAUCCGCGCUUCCGUACGUGGCCAUGUGGAUACUGGCCAUGGUGUUUGGCUUCGUAGCGGAUUGCCUCAUCAAGCGGUCGUUCUCCGUCACUAUUACCCGCAAAAUGAUGAACAGCAUCGGGCAGUACGGCCCGGCCCUGGCCCUCAUCUCCGUGGGCUUUGCCCAUCACAGUCUCGCCCUUACCUGUGGUGUCUUUGUGCUCGGCCUGGGCCUCAACGGCGCCAUCUAUUCGGGCUUCAAGAUCAAUCAUCUGGAUAUAUCGCCGCGAUUUGCCGGCCUACUGAUCUCCAUUACUAACUGUUGUGCCAAUCUGGUGGGUCUGUUGGCUCCGAUGGUGGCGGGACAUGUGAUCAACAACGGGCCCACGGUGGAGAACUGGAGGAUUGUGUUCUAUAUAUCAGGCGGUGUUUUUUUUUUCUGCGCCACGUUCUACAAUAUCUUUGCCAGUGGCAAGUUUCUGUGGUAGAGAUGCUAUUCAAAUCCGAUAUAAUGUAAAGUAAUUU